AUUAAAAUUUUGAAAAUUCUCUUGUUAUUUUUAGUGUUUUUAUUUAUCUCUUUACUUAAUACUUCGUCCCGUCAUCUUGUGGCACUCAUAACUAUACCAAAUUCACGAACUCCAAAACGUUGUCGUUUACGUAACAAUAUUCGCUUUUAUGUCACGCUCACAUCCCUCUUUGUCAAACUAAUUAAUCUCAAGUCUCCGGUCUAUUUGGGAGAAACUGAAAUUUCCCCGCCUUCCUCUCUCUCCGUCGCUACCAUCGCCAUGGCUUCCAAACCUCCACCCUCGUCCACCGAGAAACAAAGAGAUUUCUUCAAUCAUCUCGAAGCUUAUCUCGCAAAGAGAGACGGCGUCGACAAGCUCUUGAAAAUCUCCAGGUACACCACCAAGAUCAUCCUCUCCUCUUCCGCUAUCUCUGAAUCCCAUCCUCUGACUCAACGUCUCAAGAGCUUUGAGUCCAGCGUCGGCGUCAGCCGCAAAGCCUUUCGUCUUGGAAAGUUUAUCCAGGAUCUCAACGCCUUAAGAAAUUCGCAUUUCGAAUCUAACCAAGAAUUUCUGCUCGCUCUCCUUGCGUAUGGCGGAGAAGGGUUUUAUUACUUUGUCGAACAAUUCAUUUGGUUAGCUAAAUCUGGUUUGAUUGACAAACGACACUCGAGUCGGUUGCAGAAGAUCAGUGCUUGGGCGGAAUUAAUCGGGUAUAUUGGGAGCAUUUCUUUGAAAUUUAGGGAUUUGAAUCGGAUUCUUGAAGAUGAGGCGUGUUUGAAAGCGAGUAUUGAGAUUGCUGUCAAUAGAGGAAUUGGGCAUCGGGAAGAAGAAGAGAAGAUGAAGAAGUUGCGUGCGAAGAGGUUGAUGAAGAAGCUUUCGAUUGUUCAAGAUUUUGCCGAUGGAUUCAUGGCGGUGGCGGACGUUCGUGAUGGGAACGGCCGGUUUUCAGGUCCUCUUCUAAUUUCUUUUGCUGGGCUUCUCUCGGCAUUGAUUAGCACUCAUAAGAAUUGGAUAUCAUGCUGAAAUUGCUUUCAACUUUACGAGGCUAAAUUUUCUGUUAGUUUCAAAACAUUCAUAGCGAAGUUGCACACUAAGCAUCUCAAAGAAUGCAUAACAUAGGAGUUUUGAUCUUGAACUAUCAAUGUACAAUAAUGACUAUUGUUAGUCACCUCCCACGUUUGAAAGAAUAAACAACACAAUUUUUUUUUUA